AUGGGUUUUUGGCUUCUGACAAGACUCUUGUGCGCUUGGAGUUUGUUUUUGUUAUAUGACUGUAGCGAGAUAUGUGGGCCAACUGAUGAGCUGUUAACAUGUUUUACAAAAAUUUUGUCUUUUGAGGCGAUUGGAGACAUUCACCGUAAUCUUGAUGGAGACAGAAAUGGUGAGGUGGAUUAUUCUGAGACGGAAAAAUUUUUGCGGAAAGAAUUCAAUUCUGCAGAUGCAGCUAAGAAGUCACGCAUGUUAAAUAGUGAUGAUCCUUUAAUCAGUUUAAUGGAUUUGUGGCAGAUGUGGAGAAAUAACCCAGCAUUCAAUUGGACUGUAAAAGAUACCAUUCAUUGGUUAACUGGUCCGGUGGAUCUACCGCAGUAUGCUGAUGUAUUUCGUCAGCAUAAUGUAGACGGACGUUCAUUACCGCGCUUGGCUAUGCAAAUAUGA